CCGGUAUAUAAAGAUUGUCUAUACUUGGUGUUAUUUUAGUUGUCGCCUACUCACUUGGGGUUGACUAAAAAGUGGCUAGACAGUGAUCUACUGACACAUCGCAGAGAUGUCUUCUUCAACUACUAUUUUUAUGGCGUUUGCAUGGACUGUAUUCAGCGUUCAACUUGUAGCAUCUCAACAUCCCCCACAGUCCAGACAUAAUUCGUACGCUAGUAUUCUACAGGAUUCCAGGAAUGAACCUACUCCCGAUGGUACUUUCGGUUACCACUACAAGACAGAAGAUGGCAUCACAAGUGUGGCUCGCGGAGAUCCCAGCGGGGUUAUUCACGGUACUUUCUCAUAUACGGAUCCAACCGGACUGAAAGUCAAUUACAAUUACAACGCUGGUGCCAGGAAUACUCCUGCUUCAGCUCCUUCAUCAGGUCCAGCUCCUGCUCCUGCUCCUGCUCCUGCUCGCGCUGCAGCCCCAGCUCCAAAAUAUUACAACAACCCAGCACCUAUCCCAAGAGGAAGAGCUUCGCAACCAGUGUACAGGGAGGAACCACAGUACUACAGCGAACCUUCUCAAGAUCAGUAUGAUGAACCAGUUCCACAGUACAGAUCAAGAGCAAGACCUGUCUACAGCGAACCUGAGGAUGCUUAUCAAUCAAGAAGAGGAAGACCUAUUGCCAGGGAAAAUGAUAUUUAUGAUGACUAUAACUACAGGGGAUAGAUGAUAAUUAAAAGGGGUUUUCUAUAAGUAUGUUCAUUGUGCCAAAUUCUGACAGUGAAAACUAGUUUUGAUUUUCAAUGUACUUCAUAUUCAUAAAAGGAUGAUUUUUCAGGACUUGACAAUGUUCUGAUUCCAAAUGGAAUUCAUUAUAUAGUGUUGAAUGUAUAUUUGUAUAUUAUACUGUUUUGAAAUAUUUUUGUACAGUUUUUGGAUUUGUUUUCGAGUUUACGAAGAUUGAACUCCAUUAGUAUGUAGAAUGAUUAUAUAUUUUACUUGUUUGUCAGGUCAGGUUGCCACUCUCUGUAUAGAAUUGGAAAUAGUUUAAAUAUAUUUCGAUAUAAUU